CGCCACCGCGAAGGAGAUAACCGGUUGUUAAUUCUUUUUAUCAAAUACCUUGAAAAGUGGAAUCGAAUUUUAGUAGAGAAUCAAGUGGUAGCCCUCGGCAUGAUCGGUCGAACUAGAUUUAGUCAUUGUAGAAAUUGAUGUUAUUCAGUCGCAGUUGUCAGUGAUUCCAUUUUUUUAAAAUGAUAGUUUUCUUGGUGAGUGUACUGACCAUAACUCUACUAAAAGUUACUACUGAAAGUGCUCCAGUGGAAACUUCGGAUGCUCAGCUGACGAUAGUUCAACAGUCGAACAUUUACAAAACGGAUGGAUUUGACUGGGAGUAUGAACUGAGCGACGGUCGCGAAGUGAGUCAAAGUGCAUAUAAGAAGGAAUUGGAUGAUGGCACGGAAGUGCUCGUAAUCGAGGGCUUCUACAGUUACAUGGCACCUGAUGGCAGAAUAUACUCUGUCAGAUAUUUAGCCGAUGAAAAUGGAUACCACGCGGAUGUAGCUGUCGGUGAGUCAGAAUUUCUUCGCCUAGUGCCACACGCAUACGAUGGUGAAACUGCAGUUAAGCGUCUACUUGGUCCUAAGCUUUUGAAGUCACUGAUUGGGUUCAAUCCAGAUGAUGAAUGAUGAUGAUGAAGUGAAGAUUGUGGUAACUCGUCUUGUGUAAUGAAUUAAACAAUUCAGAAUAAAGUGAGAACUCUGAAGAAAAUUUAUUGCUUGUUCUAAAAUGGUUUGUAUAUAUAGUUUUACUUAAUGCAGAAGACACAGACU